GAGUCUACCUACAUCAAAGAGAAUCGCGAACCUCAAUCGCUGUUAGUCUAGUCUAGGCUCGUGUGCAGGAGGCAGCCCAGGUAGCCUACAGACAAAAGCAUCAGACACUGACGCUGAAUGUGGAUUGCUGCUGCACUUUCUGCAAACUGUACAUGACACACAGCGAAUGUAUACGAAGAACCGCCGUGUGACCUUGGUCGUCCUGUGACAUCACAUUGACGCUGAGGGGGAAGGCUGGCCCGGAGCAGAGGAGAGCCUGCAUUCUCAAAACAGCGCAGCGGUGGUCUUUGGAGGGUUCCAGCGCCUUGCAGAGGAUUUAGGAUGCCAUUUGGCCCCCUUCCAGUGCAUUUACAGCAUAAGAAAUAUUCUUCAGAGGUUUCCAAGCAACCUUCAAUUAAUUAUGCAAGAGGACAAGAGUUGAGAGCAUUCACUUCCGUGUCCUGAACACAUAAAAGAAAAUUGCAUCGUGAAACUAGCCCGCUGCCGUGAUAGCGUCACGCUCUGGCGAGUGAGGCGAAACGGAACGCGAGUCGGCUUGACCGGGAGGACCCUCGGCAACGAUCGGAAACAAAAUGGAGACUCUGUCUCUUUCGCAGGACUCCAUCUUGGAGUGUCAGAUCUGCUUCAACUACUACAGCCCGCGGCGGAGGCCCAAACUGCUGGACUGCAGACACACAUGCUGCUCCGUGUGUCUGACCCAGAUGAGGUCGAGCCAGAAAGAGAUCCGCUGCCCCUGGUGCCGCGGCGUCACCCAUCUCCCCGCCGGCCUCUCCGUCUCCCAGCUUCCCGACGACCCCGACAUCGUCACCGUCAUCGCCAUCCCCCACGCCUCGGAGCACACGCCCGUCUUCAUCCGCCUGCCCAGCAACGGCUGCUACAUGAUGCCCCUGCCUGUCGCCAAGGACAGGCCGCUGUUGCCGGGCGAGCUGGGCUGCCGGUUCCUGCCCGGGGCCGGCGGGCAGCAGAAGGUGGACGUGGCCAUGGUGGCAAUGCCCGAGCUCCAGCCCCUGGGCCUGGGCAUGAGUCUCGACGGCAUGGGGGAGGCGGAGAGACGGGGGCCCGGCGGCGGGGGAGGCGGCGGAGGGGGCAAGGGCUCCACGUGGUCCGGCGUGUGCACGGUGAUCCUGGUGGCCUGCGUCCUGCUCUUUCUCCUGGGCAUCGUGCUCCACAACAUGUCCUGCAUCUCCAAGCGCUUCACGGUCAUCUCGUGCGGCUGAGGGGAGGGGGCCAGGCGGCCCGUCAAUCGCCGCAAUCCCUCCCACUCCCCGCACCCCCCCCAACCACCACCCCCCUCCCUCUGUGGCUCCCGCCUCUUCUUCCGCCAGGACCUGGACAAGGUUGGGGGUUUUACACAUGUCACGGGUGGGCACAGGAAACGGCAGGUGGAAAGAGGAACACAGAGACAAAAAGAGAAUGACAAGAGAGUACCAAACAAAGGAGAGAAUUGAGGACAACCACAAACAAACUGGGAACAGAAACUUGCCUCUGCGUUGCCUCUUAUUGCUUCUGUGAUACAAACAGGCCUAUACUCCUCUCAGUCAAUAUGAUGCACGCACCUCUUUUCCCCUAUCACCCAGACACUCUUCUUACUCCCCACACCAACCUGUUCUCUCUGAAGGAGGGCCUCGGCACGGCCUUGUGGAGAUAUGAGGCAUGUUAUCUGGGUUACUCUAUGGACCCAGGCUUAUGCACCCACGGUUGCUUGGUCCUGUUCCUUUUCUCUCUGUGGUCAGUAGUUACUUCAGUCAGUGAUCAUGCUUAACUAGGUGAAUGAAUGCAUACGCCAUCUCCAGCUGGUGCUGCCAAUAUACAGUGUUUGGACUUCUUGGCAGGCUUGGGAUCUAAUCACAGAGAUGGAUAGAGACGUUUGAGCACGGGAAUCGCCAAUCGAGGAGUUUCGCCAUUUAGAAGUAGUCUGCUGGGCGAAACUCCUUACGGGCUAAGGAUUCAUCUCUCAUGAAAAGACAACAUAAGUUGUAUGAUAAACCUGUCAUGAAACAACAGUAUGCGUGAGGUAACAAGUGUUCCGGUGCUUUGGACAAAUCAAGAUUUUGCAGGUUUUAGCAUCUUUAGAAUUUGAAGCAGAUGGAACAUUUUGCUCAUAGACUCACUGGUCAUUUUUAAAUGAAGAAAGAUUUUGGGUUUUAGUUUUUUUUUCGGUUGCAACCUCUUCACUUAACACGUGGAGCCAAAACGUAAUCGAUCAACUGGAUGGAUCAAAUACACCAGUGUAAAAACGUGUGUGUGUAAAACAAGUGCAGGCGGCGGGAAAUUGCUAAGCUUGGCUUCAUAGCUGUUGAAACAAUACACUACAGGUAGUAGUAUGCACCCUUCAGUUGGUUUGCCGACUCAUAGAAAUAGUCAAAGAAAAUUAACUUGAUAACAAAUUGGAGAUGGCCUUCGUGGCACCGCCCAUGCUCUCAAACGCCACAAUGGAGGGGAUACAAUGACGCGAUCCCUAUCCACGACGUCAAAUAACUCGACGAUACUAAAGAUCGCUCAAGUCUGUCUCUAAUUGCCGCAUGGACAGGUUUGGUUUUUGGGGACUUUCCAGGUUGCCGUGUUAAAGCUGGGCAAGUUCAAACAGGCAGAGAUUUACUUGAAUCCUCGUUUCCAGUGUUCUGAAACCCGGAUCUGCUUGUUUGCUUCUUCUCUGGUCUUUUGUGCGGUCUGGCUGUGUAUUCUGUAACUAUGUAUAGUCCGCCCCUCCACCUAGCCAAGUGUUGCUCCUGAAGGGACAGAACAAUCAAUAGUGGUUGGCUUUGCCCGUAUCCCAAGUGGCACCCUGUCCUAUAUACGGUCUAGUGCACUAGUAUUACCAGUGCUGAUGGCCAUGGUCAAAACGUGUGCACGAAGUAGGAAAGAGGUUGGCGUUUAGGACACAUACUGUGUUUAUUUUCUCAGAGUCUCUUAACACUUAAAAAAAAAUAUAUAUAUAAAAAAAAAACUGAGGUUGUUCACUGUUCCUCCACUAUGUAAUGCAGUGCUGUAUGUUUGUGUUGGUAUUUUGAUCGAUAAUGUUUUAAACACAAAAAAACAGGGAAAUAUGUGAUCUGUGUGUUGUGCUAUUUACAUAUAAACCAGCCUAUAUUCGACAGAAAGCACAUACUACGUCUCCAGUAGCCAGCCAGCCUAAAGUAAUAACGAUUAAGUUACUGUUGAGUCUUGAAACAAUUUGUCUGACCCGGAACGUCCUUCACCGAGAACAGAUGGUCUCUGCUUUUAAUACAGUAUUCUGGCUGACUCUCAAAUGGCACCCUUUUCCCUAGUAUUCACUACUUUUGGCAGGUCAAAAGUACUGUACUAUACAGGGGGCCAUUUAAGGUGCAUCCUAUGACUUUGACCUAGUUAUCUUGGAUGCACACAUGCACAGACACUUACAACCCACCCUCCCCAAUGAUAUCCCUCCAUUCUAAUAGGGUUGUAGGUCUAUAGGAAGCGACAGCGGGGUCACGGCUAGGUGGAGCGUGAGAGCAGGGAAUGGUUAAGGCUUGUAGGGGGGUCCCACUCUUAAUGUUGAUGGCAUUGAUUUAUGAAGCGUUUGGAUUACUUGGUCCUCUAUUGCCAAUGUUUCACUCAUUGCUCCGGUGUUUUCUUUUUAUACUCUCCCUUCAUAGUGACCUACUUUUUAUCAGAGCCCUUUGAGCCCUGUUGAAGGUAGGGCACUACAUUUGGAGCAGUGGGCUGUAAAUACAGCCCAUGUCUUUGCUGUUGACAAAAUGAGUAUGAUCUGGUUUCUGCUGUAUUAAAGCAAUUCAGUGUAGACGUAAACUAACAAGCUGACAAGUUCUUUUCUAUAGAAGCCAUGUACAGGAUGAUUGUAUUUCUUCUUGUUGUCAGUCCUCUAUUUAUGUUCACAUGUGGACCUCUCUCUGUGAAAAUAGCCUGGUCUAGAAUCAGUUGUUUUUGCAGCAGGUUAGAAGCCCCGGUGGACAGUUUCCAGUGAUCUGUACGGACCGGGCCAGGAUCGGUGGUCGUGACAGCUUCCUUAUUUACCAACAUUCCCUGGUUUCCCAGAAACCCCACAGCCAGAGAGGCGGAGUUUAUGAAACUGAGAUUCCAGCAGUGUUGAGAUCUCGUUAAAUCUAUCCGCGGGAUAAUUGGCCUGGGUCUCUGGCAGCUAUCAAACAAGACUAUGAUUAGGCCAUCUCCCUCACUGACAGGCUUUUCAAGGAGUCGAACACAGGGUUAAAGCAGGGCCAAUGACAGUGGCAGACCCGGAGGUCUGUGUGGAACGUACAGUAGGUGGGAGGGAAAGACAGAGGCUGUUUGCUAAUUCGCACCCUAUUGCCUAUAUAGUGCACUUCUGUCCAGGGCAUAGGUCCUUAUAGCGCUGUGCUACAUGGAGAAUAGGGUGCCAUUUGAGACUUCAGCCAGAGGUUCCAUUAUCACCCCCCCAACACACACACACUUCCCCCGCUAGAAACUGGCAGCUGAUUUCUUAGCGGCUGUCAUGUGGGACUGACUGCUCAACUCAACUCAAGUAGCAGUGUACUCUAGGCCUAAUUGAUGCGCGACAACGCCCCCGAGCGCCAAAAUGCCAGAGUAUUUCUCAUCGAGCGCUACUUUUGACCAGGGCCUAGUGGCUGGAACUGAUGUUUGGUUUCUGUCAGGAGGACUCGGCCAGUGAGCUGCCUUGUCCCACUAACUGCAACAGUACUGUUUAACGGUAGUGAAUGAGUCAGCCAGGGCCAAACGACGGUCAGUCGUUCAUUGACAGAUGUUGUGAUACACGCCACCCUGGCUCUUUUUUUACUUUGCCACUGUUUACUUUAAAAGACUGUUUAUGUGCAAAGACAGACAAUUUAUGUUUUGAAGGCAAUGUUCCGUCUAUCAUAGAGACCACAUUCAUGGUGAACACUGCAUAUGUUGACUUAAUGGAAAAUUGUGCGUUGUAUAAACCUAUGAUCAGAUCAAAGCCUAAAUUUGGAUUGGAUACUUGAAAACACACCAGGUGGCGUUUGAAUAUGGAUAAUAUGAUUGGAUAAUAUGGUUAGGGGACGAAUAAGAAAUGAGUUCCCGUCCAUGUAUUGAUACAAUGUUCAAAUUUCAACCCUGACGUCCCAAGGGGCUGACACCAGCUGGGAAGGAAAUGGAAAGCCUUAGCAGACACAUGUUCAACUUCUCUUUAUUUGGUGAUAUUUGGUUCUUAAUACCACAUUCUUGUAUCAUCCAGCAGUUUGGGUUAGACAUCCAUCUGUCUUAAUUAGUUCAAGUUUAUGUUAAUAAUAGAGCUAAAUUCAUAACCACCUGCAACUGGAUGCAGACAUUUGAGUCCUAGUCAAGUGUCAGACAGCAACGUAUACAUUUAAAAAAAAAAAACAUUCUAUCCCCAGAUCCUCUGUACAGAAAGGAGAUGAAGGCUUGUUAUGUCUGUGCCUGUGUUCGUCAGUCAGUGAUGUAAAGUUCCUGUAGUAGUGACUGUGUGGGUCACAGUCAGACACAUGCAGCUGUUUCAGUGAUCUAUUAAAGAAACCAUCUGAAAUUCACCUGCACUCUUUUGGAGGGAUUCAUUUACUCAACUCAUAAUUGCUAUAAAAGAAAAUAAUAACAAUUGUUAAAGAUGCAGUCUGGAACUUUAGCAAAUAACAAAAAACAUUCUGUUUUGUAUAUAUGUGCGUAAUCUGUAAGUAGAAUCACUAUCAUAUCUCAGUUUGCCAUGAAAUUCGAUGGUUUGAAAGCGAGUGGUUUUGAUGACAUGUGGCACAUAAACACAUAUUUUCGGGGACCUGCUUUUACUCAUCAGUGCCACUUUAAAUAAAUAGUUGGAUUACUUUUUUUUGUGUCGCACAUUCCGUUCAUGCCUGCUCUGUAUUUGCAGUGGUACAGUAGAAUAGAAUGUACUACUGUAUAAACACCACAUCCAGGCUGCCGCAGCUCGCCUGGUGUUUUCAAGUUAUCAGAUGUCACCUGGCUUCUCCAUACACUUCACGGGUUCCCAGUUGCAGCUCAUAUCCAAUAGAAGACCACUAUCCCCCUGUUGCAUAAGACCCAAACACUCUCUCUAGAACACACUCUAGAACUGUGGUUUUAAAACCUCCCCAAAGGGAGCCUCAGCAUUCCCAGUCUGGUUAUUUGAACUAGCUCACCUGAUUCAAAUUGUCUACUAAUCCUCAAGCUUUUGAUUAGUGAAUCUGGUGUGCUAGUUCUGGGCAUCAGCUAAGAUGUAGAAGGACAGGCGUUCCCAGAGGAGAGGUAUGAAAACCACUGUUCUAGAGCAAUGGUUGAGCAUGACCUCAAGCAAGCUAGUGAGUUUCCUAAUCCAAUUUCCAAUCCUAAACUGUGUUAAAAUGGACAAGCUGCUGAACUCCGCAUGAGCAACUUCUUUGGGAACAGCGUAAGAUGAUAAUCAAUAAUUUUAGGCAGAAACAGUGUAUUGUCACAACUUGAACACUACUUGGUUAAGUUUAUCAAUGUGGCUUAGGAACUAUGCCUGGACCUAUCCAAACAAAGGUAAGUCAAGCUUUUCAGUUGAUGUGUAAGAAAAUAAACUUAAAAUUAAGCGUCCCAACAACACGUCAACACAAGCGCUGGUGAUUUGCACACCAGUAACUGUCUUUGAUGAUGACCAUAUUUUUUCAUAUCAUCCUACAAAA